CUCUGCUAGCAACCGAAUAAUUGGUGCUAAGGAUCAUGCUUCUAUUCAGAUAAAUAUUUCUGAGGUUGACAAGGUAACAGGCAGAGUAAAUGGCCAGUUCAAAACGUAUGCCAUUUGUGGAGCAAUUCGUAGAAUGGGUGAAUCAGAUGACUCCAUUCUGCGUCUGGCAAAAAGAUGGAAUUGUUUCCAAGAACUUCUAACUGAAGAAACUCUGGUAUGGAACAUCUGA